CCAGGAUCUGUCUCACAAUCAAGAUUUUUACAUAAUAUCCUAAGACAUCAAAGACGUUUUGCUGAGCCCAAACUCACAGAAACACUUACACAAAGCCAUUUUCUGGACAAGAGAAUUCCGAAGCGUUGCUUUUACUUCAUUUCUCCUGCAGCGUCGAAAUUCCAACAUCCUAAACGUGUGUUUUUCUGCUCCACACCAUCCACACUGGCGGGCACCAUUCCGCCCAAAGGAGAGGAGGACUUUCUGGCGCUGGCCGCCUCCCGGCUCAGCCGCCGCAAGCGCGUCAUCGGGGCAGCAGUGGGUGUGGCCAUGGUGCUUAUUCUCUUGAUCGCCAUACCCCUGCUGGUCCACAGCACCAAAGGGGGUGGGGCUGGAAGUGCAGGAAGUCAUUACGAAAUGCUUGGCAGUUGUCGCAUGGUCUGUGACCCCUACACCCCAUCGCAACACAGCCAGGAAUUGACAUCAGUCUCACCGCGGCCUCCUGAGAUCACAAGCCGAAGAGGAAAGUCUGGAUACAGAGGGCCUCCGGGACCACCAGGUCCACAAGGACCCCCGGGAGAGCCAGGAAAGCCUGGUCCACAGGGACCUCCAGGACCUGGCCCUAAUGGUUAUGUGCCGUCCGUCUACACACCGAAGAUUGCAUUCUAUGCAGGCCUGCGGAAGCAGCACGAAGGCAGUGAAGUGCUCAAGUUUGAUGACGUGGUCACCAAUGUGGGCAACUACUAUGAACCCACUACGGGCAAGUUCACUUGUCCCCUCCCUGGCAUCUACUACUUCACCUACCACGUUCUCAUGAGAGGAGGAGACGGAACCAGCAUGUGGGCAGACCUCAAGAAAAAUGGACAGGUGAGGGCCAGCGCCAUUGCCCAGGAUGCAGACCAGAAUUAUGACUACGCCUCUAACAGCGUGAUCCUGCAUUUGGACGUAGGGGAUGAGGUGUGCGUGCAGCUAGAUGGGGGGAAGGUCCAUGGGGGAAAUACCAACAAAUACAGCACCUUUUCUGGGUUUCUCAUCUACCCUGACUGACUAUCCAUCAGCCCUGCUGCUCCUUCACCUCACAAUGCUGCUCAACACAAACACACACACACUAAACAGACCAGAAAGGAGGGACAUGCACAUUGGUUGAUGCUCGGCGCAGAAGGGCUUCACUGACAUGAUAUCAUGAGCAAAGUGUUGCUUUCAUUAAGCAGGUUUUUUUCUGACAUGUUGUUUGUAUGUUUAUGCAAAUGAUGGUAAUAUGCUCUACUUAUAUGAAUGCAAAUUUCCAAAAAAAAAAAAAUGUAUAAUAGAUAUUGCAUAUAGAACUAUAUCUACUGGAGUGUUAUCCUCCCUCAGCAUUAGAUGUACACGUGUUGAUGUUAUUCAAGCCGCGUCAUUUUUGCGUGUCCCACUUCAGUAUUCAGUUUCCUUCACACUGUUCUGAUGAUGCGUUUGGAAGAAGCUGUUAUACACACUCACGUCCGAGGCUUGGUGAGAAAGAUUUCCAUGGUCUUGUUUUCGCUAACAAGAGGACUGAUUGGUUAGUGUGGCACAACGGGAAUUCAAUACAGUGACAUAUGUAUGCGUGCACACACCACCAGUGUGGGCCUGUGAUUAAUCUAAGUUCCCUGGUUCAAUUAAUUUGACUUAAAAGUGACCGUUUGGGCUGUCAGUGUGGAAUUGGAGAUAUGGCCUGUGUGCAUGAUGUGUCUGGGUUCAAACACGCAACGUCUGAGCUGUGUAAACAUGGAUUUUUAAUGUUUCUAAACAGCCUGGCCAAGAAUAAACCAUUAAUAUACUGCUUAGGGUUAUAAUGUUCUAUGUCAGGCUUAAUAAAUGAUAAAAUUUGACCAAAAAUAGCAUAAUCGUAAGAUUCUGUCUAAGAAGUGUUUUUUAUUUUUUAUAAAAUGAGUUAAUCUUAAAUUAACUGAAAUGGUUUCAUUACUGAAAGUACCUUUUUACGCUUCAGUAAGCUUUUGUCAUGUGACAUUCGAAAAAGGUAAUGACCCCCAAAUCAUUAAACUAAUAACAUCUGAAAGAACUAAAAAAAAACUAAACGCCAACAUUAGCACAGAGUGGUAAUUUUUUUUUUAUUCCAAUUUUGACCUUUUUUGACCUAAAUUGUGCCCACACAAAAAUGUAUUCACACCAAUAAUUACUAUUAAUGUAUUUGUGACUUCUCCGAUUAUUUGGAUUUUUGUGCAUUCGAAAAAAAAAGUCAUGGCCAAAUAAAAAUUAGUUAGUUAAAUUAUUUGUCGAAAUAAGGGCAGUCCUGACUGCAUGAGUGUGUGUGUGUGAUUGUGUGUGACAGUAUGUUUCAUUUGUAAUAAAAAUGAUGAUAAAGGUUCUUCUUAUUAAAAAUGUUCCUGUAAAUUUGCCAAAUCUUGUAAUUUGACGUGACAGAGCAAAAAAAAGUGGAUUCUGGAUGUCUUAUAGUAAUUCUGUCCACAGUUGGAUUUGGCAAGUUGAGCCACGUGCAAAUAUAAACAAAUGCAAUUACACAU